GUGCGAUUUUGAUUGGUCCAGUCGUAUCACUUCAAACUUGAUGGCGGAAGGAUUUAGCCUAAAGUGAACACUGGUUUGCAAGACACUAAGUAACUUAACUAGCUUAUCGUUGCGGUGGUGCAAAGGCAGGGUUCGUCUUUGGUAUUGGACGUCUACUUUACCCCAGCUAGCUAUCCAGCUAGGCAAGUUGCAGGAUGUCAGCAGAAAACGAAUUUCGACAAGAUCAAGGUCCCAGGCAAUCUGCUGGCAGUGGGUACCAGGAUCCUCACAUCUCUCCAGCAAUGUAUCCACAGCAUGGCGAUUACAUGGGCUUGGAAUCUCCUGGUCCCUUGUCAAUGGACAGAAGCAUCAUGGCUCCACUCAUAGCAGAGUAUGACCGCCACAUCGAUGACAUGACCAGGCAACUGCAGCUCUAUCAGAGGCAGAUGGCUGACAUCAAAGUGAAACUUGAAACCGUCAUUCAAGAAAAUGAACGUCUGCAUUCGGAGCUUCGUGCAUCAGUGGAGAAACAGCUCCAGACGUUGCCAGUGGGGUCCAGCUUGGAUGGGGAGUCAGUGGCCGACGACGUGAUCCUGAAGAGCCUAAAGGAACAGCUGGAACAUUCAGUCAAUGAGAAGCAGUGGGCUAUGGAGAUGUGGCAGACAGCUGUGCAGGAGCUGGAGAGGCUGCAGAAGCUGCAUCAGAGCUCUGUGACUGAUGGCCAGGCACAGGCCUCCCAGCACCAACAACUUAGGAACCAACUAGUCCAAGUCCAGCAGCAUUUACAGAAACUUCAAAGCGUGAAUCAGAAGCUUGAGUUGACAAACCAGCAGUUCCUGAAGACCGUGACGGAGCAGAGCACCGAGCUGGAGGAGGUGCGUGGCCAGCUCAGGCAGGCGAAGCUGGACCUGCGGACAGCCACUGGGAAAGUGGAGGAAAUGACACGCCUCUUGCAGAACGUUCAGGAGCAGAUGCAGAGGAAGGAGGAAGAUGCCACCGAGGCACAUGGCAGAGAGGAUGCAUCAGACCGCCGGCUCCAGCAACUCCAGACGGCUCUAGGGCAGCUGGAGAGCAGGCUGAAGGCGGCGACGCAGGAGGCGGAGCAGGCACGGCGGGAGCGCGUGGCAUGGGAGCGGCAGGUGGGCGAGAUGCAGGGCCGCUGCUCCACGCUGGAGGAGGAGAAGUACGAGGCAUACGACAAGGUGCGCGACUCCAUCCAGCUGGCCGAGGAGGCCUCGCUACAGAAAGAGCAGGCUCAGUUGCGGGAGAAACAGAAGACGGAGGAGCUGGAGAAGAUGAAGGAAGCGAUGAAACAGCUGGUGCAGGAUGCCGCCGUGAGAACCCGCAAGGAGGUGGAGAAUGUCAGGAAGCAGUGUAACGUCCAGAUCCAUCGCAUGGCAGAGGAGCUGUCUGCUCUCCAGCUGGAAUGCGCAGAUAAAGAGUCUCAGAUCGAGCGGUCCCACCGGGAGAGGAAAGCGGUGGAGGAGGAACUGGAGAAGAUGUACAGAGAAGGGCGAAGUGGUGAGCCAGAGUUUCGUAAAAUGGAGGUCCUCCAUCAGCGGUGCCUGAACGCUGAGCGACUAAAGGACGACAUGCACCUCACCCUCCAGAGCACACAGACCAAGAUGAAGAAGAUGGACAUGGAUUACACAGAGGAGCUGUCCCGGUGCCAGGAUGAGGUGCGGCGUAUGCAGGCUGCGCUGGUGGGUGCGCGGGACGACUGCGGCACCAUCAGCGAGGAACGGCUGCAGCUGCAGCAGGAGAACCAGCAGCUACGCAAGGACAUGGAGGAGCAGCGCAAAGCCAGCCUGCUGGUCCAAAGGAAGGCCAAGCAGCAGGUGUCCCACAUGGAGCAGGAGUUCUCUGUGAAGGAGCAGGGCCUGGACGCGCGGCUGCGGGAGCUGGAGGAGAGCCGUCAGAGCUCCAGCUCCGACCUCACCCGCCUGUUGCUGGCCCAGCAGAAGACCACCAACCGCUGGAAGGAGGAGGCUAAGAAACUCGCCGAGGCCUUCGAGUGCAAGCUCAGCAGCCUCAGGAGUGAACUUCUGAGACAGAAACAGCGUUCUCAAGAACUUGAUAUUCAGCUGGAAUCCGACCAUGAAAAGAUCCUGGAGUAUGAGCGGCAGGUGGCGGAGUUCCAGGAGAAGAACGGCCGUCUGCAGAGGCGCCUGUCUCAAGCUGAGCAGAGAGCGGCCACGGCCUCGCAGCAGCUCAAUAUACUUCAGAGACGGAAAACAGCUUCCCUGGUGGAUCUGGAGACUUUGUAAUUAGUAGUAGGAGUAUCCCCCCCAUUUUUUAAAUAAAAGUCUCAUUGACGAACAUUAAA